AUGAUGAUUAAUAUGAAUUCACAAAUUUCAUCUAAACGUCUUUCAUCAACAAAAUUGUUAAAAAUCAAUAUUUUAGAUGAAAAUGAUAAUGGACCACAAUUUGAUCAAUUAAGUUAUAAAGUAAAAAUUUUUGAAAAUUCUCUUGAAAAUACUGAAUUAAUUCAAUUGAAUGCUAUUGAUAAAGAUGAAGAAAGUCAUAUAAUUUAUCGAUUUGCUCAAUCAACUGAUCAAUUUAUACAAAACUAUAGUGAUAUUGAUUUAAAUUUAAUUUUGAAACAUUUUAAAAUAGAUAACAAAUUAGGUUCAAUUAAAACAACAAAUAUCCCAUUGGAUAGAGAAAGUAAAGAUUCAUUUUUAAUCCCUAUAAUUGCUUAUGAUGAUGAAUAUCCAAGUAGAACAUCUAAUGCAUGGAUACACGUUGAAAUAGGUGAUAUUAAUGAUAAUACACCUCACUUGAUAGGGAAUACAACAUUUUGGAUAGAUGAAGAAGGUACAAUUACAGAACACGGGACUAUUAAUAGUCCUACUAGUAGUUUAAGACAAUAUCAUGGUAAUUAUCAAAUAUUCAUUGGACGUUUGUUAGGUGAAGAUGAUGAUAUCGGUGAAAAUGGACAAAUUAUUUUUAAACUAGGCUUUACUAAUCAAAAUAAUCUUAAUAAUAUUUCAAAAUGGUUUUUGCAUUCUGAUGGCAUGCUAUUUGUUCAAUCGACUACAGUACAUAAUAAUGGAGAUCAUAUCAAUAAUUAUUUAGAUCGUGAAACAAUUCCUGUCUAUAAGAUUCCAAUUAUCAUUAGUGAUUUAGGCAAAAAUCCUACACGUUCAUCUACAGGUACAGUGACUAUCAGUUUAAGAGAUAUAAAUGAUAAUUCACCUAAAUUUUUAAAACCUUCAUAUCAUGAUUUAAAUUUCACUCUGAAAGAUAACAGCCAAUCAUCUUUGAGUAUUCCUAAAAUUAUGUCACCUAAUAUACCAAGUGAACGAAUCAAUAUUCUUCGUCUAGAUAAUUCAAAUCCUGGUACACUGAUUUAUACUGUUCAUGCUAUCGAUUCAGAUGAUGGUAAUAAUGGUAAAGUGAUUUAUAAACUUCAAGUAUAUGAAGGAUAUUGGCAGUUAACUCAUAAUUCACAUCAAUCCAUAAGUAAAAAUGAUACUAAUAGAUCUACAAAUGACUAUUUUAUUAUUGAUCAAAAUUCUGGUGAAAUACGAAUCAAUAAACCGAUUACUUUAGAUAAUUUACAAAAAAUACCUAAAUGUUUAGUUGUCUUUGCUGAAGAUUGUGGUAUUCCAUCGAGAAGAAAUUAUGCAUUUUUAUAUAUUGAUGCUAUGACAGAAGAAGAAGAAGAAGAAGAAGAGCAGAAGAAACAGAAACUAAUCGAUAAUAAUAAUCAAAGACUUCUCAAUCCUGUAUCAGUAAAUAACACAAAGAAUCGUUUAAAUUUUAUUGAUCGAUCGAUUAAUUUAACUGACUUUAAGAGAGACAAUAAACAGCAAUUAGUUGGUCUGAAUUCAAAUAAUAAUAAUAAUAAUCCACAGUUAAAAUUAUUGAAAAUGGACAAUACUCAAAUGUAUCCACAUUCUAAUUCAAGAAUGAAGUACAGUCAAUCAGUCAAUACAAAAUUUCCGUCUUCUCUUCAAUCAAAUUCACUUAAUGAAGAUAAUGAUGAUGAUGAUGAUGAUAUGGAGAAAUUAAUAUCAAAUUAUCGAAUCAUGAUGAAUACUGGUGAAUCGGAUACAGUCAAUACCAAUCAAUAUAAUAGUACUGAUUUGAUUACUGGUUUAGGUAUUGGAUUAGUAAUUAUCAUUCUUGUCUGUUUAUUGCUAUUAUUGACCUAUGCUAUACAUGGAACACAAAAUAUUCGAUUAACAAGAAACACAUGUAAAAAUCGUCGUACAAAGGUUAACGACAAUAUAGUAGUGAAAGAGUAUAAAAAUGAUGAAAUUAAUGAAACUAUGAGCAUGGAAAAAAAUUGUGAGAAUGAUCACAACGGUAGAAAAUUUGAGGGUCCGAACAAGAGAUGGAGGCAAUUUUGUAAUGCCAUGCGUUUUGUAAUCAGUCCUAAUCGUCCGAUGAAUAAUAACAAAAUGUCAAAACGUAUUGAAACUAUGAUCUCUUCAAAAGUCUACACAUUGAACCACAAUAAGAACAUUUCGUUUACUCCACAAGGUGUAAACAUGUAUAUCCCACCGUCUGGUAUCGAGGAUAGUUUUCAUAGUGAUUUCAGUUCUACAGAUCCAUUGAAAAAAAAGGUGUAUGAUAAGAAAUCUAUUUAUCCCAGUCAAAGCGUGUAUCAUAAAGUUAUCUAUCCUCAACUAAAUCAAUUUAUACCUGUAGUUAGUUCUGUUGAUAUGAUGUCACUCUCUAGACAAGAUACUAAUGAAACCGACUAUGCCCAUAAUACUGUUAUUCCAACCAUUGGUAUUGUUGAUAAUGAGAAGCGCUUACUGACAAAUUUAACCCAUGAGGCCGCAGUAACCAAUCAGCAUGCAGGAUCUAAUUGUGAUCGUCUACCGCGUAAUUAUACUGUUUGUGACAGUGGUAUUAUCUCUGUAUCAGAUUAUAUGACACUUAGUCUUCAUGAUACUUACAACCAAUACACUAAGAAGAUUAACCCGACAGACUGUCACUUCUUAAUGAAUCGUAUAAAAAUUUUGAUGAAUCCAACACUCAAGUAUCAGCUAUCUCAUCUCCUUACAUUGAUAAUCGCCAAAAUCCUCAUGUACCAUUGA